CUAUGGUGGGCUGGCAAUCCCUUUACCCUGGGAAGGGGGCACAGAGCACUGCCACAGGCUGCUGUCCCUUUGCCACACUGGCACUGUGCUGCCAGCAGCCCUGACCAUGCCACUGGGCCACCCUCCCCACGGUUAUUUUUAUCCCCUCCCAACUGUGUUUCUCACUGUUCUAUUUUAAGUGGUGCAGUUGGCGCACCGGGAACCCAGUGCCCAGCUCUCGGGGGCCCUGCACUGCCUCGCUGCCCGCUCACACUGCCCGGGCACGGGGAGCCAUGCCCAGGGAGGCUGGAGAAGACAGCAUGGGACGGGCUGAGAGUGCUGUGGCAGCAGAGCCUGGGGACCCCGACGGUGGUGAGCCCGGAGCCAUCAGCCUGCACCCCGUGGAGUCCAUCAGCGACCUGCACUGGGCCUCGGGCGGGCACAAGGGUGCCGAGGACAACAGCCCGGCUCCCUCCAGCAGCCUGCGUCGGCCCCCGCCUCGCCCUGCACCCCUCAGCCCCCCGGUGCUCCUGCCCACGCUGCGCCCCGUGCCCCCCGCCGGCCCCUGCCCCUGCCUCGGUCCUGGCCACCCCCUGCUCCUGGCCCUGCUGGGACUCCUGGCACUCGCCAGCCUGGUCCUGGCCACACUGGCCAUCUACCUGAGUGUCCUGCAGAGCCAGUCGGUGCGGGCGCUGGCCCAGUGGCUGCGGAGCCAGGAAGAGGCCGUGCGGCAGCUGCGGGCAGCCAGCGGGCAGCUCUGGGCUCGCCUCAAUACCAGCAUUGAGCCAGGCGGGCAUCGCUGAGCUGCUCCCAGCACCAGCAUGGGAAACGGGACACGAUGGGAAGGGGCACCGAAGGGCAGGAGGGGGGAGUUGGCGGCCCUACCACCCCUGCAGCCCGCUCAGACC